GUCGGUUGAUGAAUGAGAUUUUAAGGUUGCUUUGCGUAUCGGUAGAAAUUUGUGAAUUGACUGAAUAAUAAACAAAUAUGAAUUAUAAACAAUAGACAAUUUAUUACGUGUGCAAUAUUAAAAAUGAAACGGACAUUUUAUGUGAAUUGUUCACUAUGUAAAUCUUUUUUUCUUCUGGCGGUAGCUACUGUUUUAACACCUACAACACAAGGUCAUGCAGUUUUGGAAUUUUCCGUGGAGCCCACCGAUACGGUGGUGGAAUCUGGCCAAUCAGCGGUUUUGGAUUGCGUGGUCAAAGCUUCCUACCAUCAGCAAAGCGUCCUGAUUCAGUGGCUGGAUCAAGAUGGUUCAAAGCUAACGUUUUUAAGUGAUCUAUACAGAUCUCAGUUAACAAACGGAUCCCUUUACAUCAAUAGUGUCAACGAAGAGCAAAGACUGACCGGGAUCUAUCAAUGUAUGGCAACAUUGCCAAACGUAGGAUCCAUCGUUAGUAGAACGGCCAAACUCAGUAUAGCUAAGUUAUCUGGGUUUUACGAAGAACCACGCGACAUAACCGUAUACCUUGGCCAAAGAGCUCAUUUCACCUGUUACGUAGACGCCGUACCAUCGCCGAGGAUACGAUGGUUGAAAGACGAACGACCCUUACAAAUUGACGACUUACGAAUGACCGUACUGCCCUCCGGAGCUCUGGAGAUCGACGAAGUUAUGGAAAGCGAUCAGGGAUCAUACAGAUGUAACGCAUCAGGAUUAAAUUCUUAUAAAUUAAGUAACAAAGCGCAUAUGUAUAUUAAUGGAGAUAUGGAACAGGCUGCGCAUAGUGCCGCUCCGAUGUUUAUAGCGCAGCCCCGGACAUCCACUGUUAUUGAAGGUCAGAAUAUAUCCCUUGACUGCGCCGCCAACGGCAAUCCCAAUCCAUCCAUUUCAUGGUUAAUAGAUGGAUAUCCAAUUGAUAUGAACGAUUUGGAUAGUAGAUUUAGUUUGGUCGGAUCGACUAGUUCCCUUAGGAUUACGAAAAUCCAAGAACAAGAUGGCGGUACUUAUCAGUGUCGAGCACAAAACCGAGAAGAUAGUUUAGACGCUUUUGCCCUUAUUGAAAUUCAAGUGCCUCCUAGAUUUUUAAAGAAACCCGAAGAUAGGACAGAAUAUUCUACAAAAGAUAUAGAAUUAGAAUGUAGCGUAUAUGGUAUACCCGAACCGAAAAUUCAAUGGUUCAAAGACGGUGAACUAGUCAAGUAUUCUGAAUACUAUAAACUUGUAAAUGGAAAUAAUUUGAAAAUAAUGGGACUCCUUGUUUCUGAUUCUGGAAUUUUUCAAUGUUUUGCAACUAAUCCGGCUGGCAAUAUCCAGGCUGCAGCUAGCCUGAAAAUCUUAACUAACCCCGUCGACAAGAAAAAGCCCCCGAAACCCCGAUCGAAAAAAGUCCAACCCAGACCGCUGGACUCCUCGUACAAAAAACACUCCAUGUCCCUGUUCACUUCGCUGCAAUCCGAGGACGGUGGCAAGUUGGGAGACGUGGACUUUGGACAUCUGUCCAAAUCGGGCGGCAGCGGUCAGGGUGGCGACUACGAUCCGCACCGGGCUUUCAGUUCGCUAAAGAGCAGCGAGUCGAACGACGAAGUUAACCUGGGCGAUAUCCAAUCUGCAUUCUCCUUUCCGAACACCGUUUCAGCUGGCAAUUCGGAGCGGAAAGUGUCCGAAGGCCUACCCAGCGCGCCGCUGGAUCUCAAGUCGGUCAUUACCAAGGCCAGGUUCGUGAUCCUGAGCUGGAAGCCGCCCCUGGAGAACGCCAACAACGUGGAAGCGUAUUCGAUUUAUUACCGGCAAGAGGGAAGCGACAGGGAAAGAUUUCAAAACACAUCAAGGUCUAAAUUAGAAGAAAUAAAUAUUGGCGGCCUAUCACCUGGUAAAGUAUACCAUUUUCGAGUGGUACCGAUAAGUGCCAAUGGUCCAGGACAUUCCUCAACUACCCUCACAAUUACGACAUUAUCCGAGGAGCAUGUUCCUAGUGCUCCUCAGAACUUUGAAGCCUACAGCACUACGCCAAGGAAUAUACACGUCAGUUGGAAGCCCCCAGAAGUAUCAAAUGGAAAAAUUUUGCGAUAUACAAUCUACUACAUGGAGACUACUUCAUCAGUUGAGCACAAUCUAGAUACAACUGAACUUUCAACUGAUAUAAGUGGCUUAAACCCUUAUACUGAAUACAGUAUAUGGGUUGUUGCCGUGAAUCCCAAUGGUGCAGGUGCAGCUACAGAAGAAAAGUUAGUGCGCACCUUUAGUGCUCCGCCAUCCGAAGCACCCAGCAAUGUGACCGUUGAACCUGCUAGCACUAGCAUUCUCGUAAGAUGGGAACCACCACCGAUAGAGUCCCAAAAUGGCGUCAUAGUGGGUUACAAAAUCAAAUAUCGCAAAACUGGCAAAGGAAAGGGAACCACAUAUACUACCCCAGCAAACGACCGGGAUUACGUAAUCAAAGAUUUAGAAAAGGGCGUUUCCUAUCAAAUCAGAGUCUGGGCAAUGAACGUCAAUGGAACAGGACCGGCUUCGGACUGGGUCGAAGUAGAAACAUUUCAAAACGAUUUGGACGAAAGUACAGUGCCAGGGCAGCCAUCUGGAUUGAAAUUUAAAACUACUUUUGAUAAAUUAUAUGUCAUCUGGUCACCACCGACAAAUCAAAACGUUCGAGUGCGUAGCUAUAUACUUGGAUGGGGAAAAGGAGUACCAGAUAUUUAUUCACAUGAAUUAGAUGAAAGAAAUAGGACCUAUGUGAUAGAAGGAUUAGAACCAAACUCGGAAUACGUUUUAAGUAUAAGAGCGAGUAACAGUAUGGGUCCAGGUCCUCCCAUAUACGCCACUGCCAAAACUCAAGAUGAGCCCCCUCCUGAACCAGCGGCUGCACUGAUGCCGCCUUUAGGCUUGAAAGCGCAUGUCUUAAGCACUACUUCUGUAGUUUUGUACUGGACAGAUCCAACACUGAAACAACAGAUCGUACGAGACAACCGAUAUUAUACUGUUAAAUACACUUCCGAAACAUCAACAAAACCGAAGAUGAUCAACGUAACAGAUCUAAAUACGAUGAUUAACGAUUUAAAACCGAAUACGCUCUACGAGUUUGCAGUAAAACUAGUAAAAGGUCGCAGAGAAAGUUCAUGGAGUAUGGUUGUUCAAAACAGAACGUGGGAAUUACCACCUAACGUAGCACCAAGAGAUGUCGAUGUUCAUCUUAAAGAUGAGGAUUCACAAUUGGUCGAAUUGACUUGGUUACCUCCGAAGAUUACUAAUGGUCGAAUAACAGGAUAUGUCAUCCUUUAUACGGACAAUAAGACGAAAACGGAGGCCGAAUGGCAAGUGCUGGUUAUUAAGGGCGACAAUCAUUCAACCAUUAUAUACGACCUGAAACCUUUCACGGUCUACUACUUUAAAGUUCAGGCCAGGAAUAGCAGGGGCUACGGGCCCUAUUCCAAUAUAGUCUCGUUCAGAACCGGGCAAAAUGUUGCACGGCAUGCUCCAGUUCAAGGAUCAGCAGAAGGUGGUGGUGUUUUUUCAAGAAAAGUAUUACUGUACACUACCAUAGGUGGGUGUUCUCUUGCAAUAGUAACCGGCGCUGUUGUGGUUAGCUACCUUUGCUGUAGAAGAAGAGAGACUAACUUAGCCUCUCCAAGUCGAGACAAGAAAGGUUAUCAAAAAGGUAAUCAAGGAGUAAAACCUCCAGAUCUCUGGAUUCAUCACGAUCAGAUGGAGCUAAAAGCUAUGGAAAAGCGGCACUCGAACCACGAUGGCGCUAGUAGCAGUGGUGCGCUAACACUGCCACGUAGUGUCGCAGGGAAUGACUACGAAACGCACGAUAGUAUUCAUAGCAAUUCAUUAGACAAACGAAGUUAUGUUCCUAGUUAUGGUGAAGAUAAAUUCAAAAAACCAGUCAGAACAAAGAUCACACUUCCAGUGGAUUCUAAACCGCCCAGAGAGCCGAUAGCAACCCCUAUAAAUACAACGACUUUAAGUCAGUCAAGUUCCGAUUCAACACCGUCCACUAGACCAAACUACCCCAGAACAAAUUAUCAGGUUCCACGAACAACGCACAUGUCAGUGGAAACCACCCCAAAUAACACUGCAGUCGAAAACGUGUAUUCUGCUCAUCCAGGCAGUACAAACUUUGAGAGUAGCAACUCUAAUCCGUCUACUUACUUAAGCCAAGCUCCUCCUGGUAGUACUUACGCUCCUGGAAUGAACGUUCUGGCCGAGUCGCAAGCAGGAAAAAGGAUACAAGCUCAAGGGCAUCCGCUUAAAAGUUUUACUGUGCCUGCACCACCGCCAGUAUCGGCUCCUGGCACACCUCAACCGAAACAUAUUGUUACAGUUCGGCCUACUUCAUCCCCCUACAAAAAGCCUAACACCAGCAGCUCAAGCACUCUAACAAGUACACCUCCAUCCAGAAUAAGCGCUUCUAAUCCUCCUCCGCAUACGGCCGAAGAGAUACAACGACUGCAACCGUCUCAUUCCACUGAGGAACUGAAUCAAGAGAUGGCCAACUUAGAGGGGCUCAUGCUAACGCUUAACGCCAUCACAGCUAACGAAUUUGAGUGCUAAUUUAGGUGUGUAUGGCGUUUUUAUAACUUUCGACACUCAAAAAUUUAGUACAAAAGGCUAUAUGUUUACCGAAAAUGUAAAUUCGGUUUCUUUUGCUCAUUCAGAGCACACUGAUAUUCAGAUUAUUCUGAACUAUCUGGAUAUUUAAAGCCAGCCUUAGACUGCUCUAUUUAUAUACAUAUUUUUUAUUUAGUGAGAUUGUACGUACUCCGAGAACGUUUUAUGUUGUGUACCCAUAUUAACGAGGAUGUUUAAUAAUUUAUAACUGAUUGUUAGUUUUUAUCAGUUAUGCCGUUAAAAUUUGAUACGUCAUCAAGAGCAGACAGACUAUCAUUGUCAAAUUUCAUUUAGUUUUUAAACAAUUUUUCGUUAUUUUGGAAAAGGUAAGGUUUAGUGAUGGGAAUACCGGUUCCACAUGAGUCGCGUUACAAUAGCGACCGUUCCAGAAAAAUACCGCGACAAAAAACCGCGAUUUUGUAAUCGAGGUUCCAACUUCCUAAGUGUCGCGGUCCUCGUUUAUGUAGUAUUUCUGGCAUUGGUACCUACUUUUAUUUUAUACUACCUACCUAGUCCCACAAACCACUGUCAAAGAAAAUUCUUUAUUGGUGACCGGUUUCGGCAAUUCCAGCCAUCAUCAGACCUUAAACAUAGAUAUAAACAGUAAAACUUAUAUAAAUGUAUAAAAACAAAUAAAAUUUUCAUUUUAUUUUAUUUGCUUUUACGUUUCAUCUUUGAAAUAACGCUAUUUUAUACCAUGCUUAAUACAUACCAAAUAUCGUUGUUUCAAAAGUAACGUAGCGACGGGAGCACCAACGCCAAUAGUAACUGACCCAAUCGCUACAGGCGAAAACGAAACCCUAGAAGCGCUCCAGCGACUGCUGGAACGAAGUAAGCCGCCUCCGAGGUCGAGCGUCGAUAACCAGUUACAGUACGUCUGUCCGUUUUGUAGCUACGGGGUAUCCGUGAGAGG